GAGGCGACGAAAGCGCGAGGUUCGCUCCGACAUUCGCUCCGAGAAAGGCGAUCCGCCGGCGUCGAUUUUGGUGCUCGCACGACACACGUCGUGAACGCGAUCUCUCGCUCUCCGCCGCGCCGCGUCGCAUCAGCGGGGGAAGAAAACCGCGGUCUCGAUUUAGGAAACGUUAUAUACGCACGACGCGGAGGAGGACGAGGCCGCUGCUUUGUUCGCGGAAGUUCGACGAGCUUCGAGAGUCGCCGCGCGUUCUCGGGUAUAAAUAGAAUCUGCCGUGCUGCGUCGCGGAUAUCCUCGAUAUAUAGUGCCACUCUGGACGUUCUUGACUGCGUGCAAACUGUCAGUGCUGCCGAGAAGCCCCCGGGGGUUCGCGGGUGUCGCGUGAGGGAGAGAAAGGAAAGCUACCAGCGGAUCACUCGCGAUUAUAUCGUGGACGCAUCGAGAUCCACUUGAGAGAUAAGCACUCUCGAACGUUCUGCGCAGGAGGCUUGAGGAUGAUGUAUCAGGAUCGCGAUACAGGGGAGUACAGGGAGCGUUGAAUCUACUUUAAAGACAAGACUGAGAGGAGAAAAAAAGAAAGAGAAAUAGAGAGAGAGAUAAAAAACUGCACGACUUGAACGCGACAAUAUAGUGCACGAAUGGAUCGUAUUAUUUUCUUCUGAAGUCGCCAAGACGUCAUCGCGUGGGAAAUGACGGGAGCGUGACUCUCCGUUCUUCACGUUGACUAGCUCUCUUCUGCGAAAGUGCGUCGAAAGCUUCGGAGAACGCUGCGUCGAUCGAAUUUCUUUCUGACGUUCGCGUUUUCGUUCGCGCUUCUGGAGGUGUCUGGAAGCGUCCCACAAUCGCGGACGCGCGUUGAAACUUCUCGCGGAUUUAGCGGAGAUAACCAGUAGCGUUCCGUCUCGUCUCGAGCCCGCUCCGCUCUGCAGCCUGCGGUCGGCGAAUACACGUGCGGAUAUACUCCUCCGCGUGCCGUAUAUCGAAUCGAUAGCCGUGACGAAGUACCUGGCGGGAACGAGGAGGGAACGGGUUUAAGUGCAACGGGUUUUCCAAACGAGAGGAGUCCGCGCGCGUAAUCACACGAUUGAUUCCGCUGAUGACGCGUGCGGGGUUCGGCAACCCGGGCAUCUUGGACGGAAGCGGCGUACUAUAUCCGUACGUGACAAAACGCGACGAAAACAAGGGGCUCGGCAAGCGCACUGUGCGUCGUGCGCACACGCAUCUUUUAUCCGCGACGCACACGUGAGUCACUUAGCACGUGCGCGCACGGGCGCCGAUUGAGGUUUCCCCCUCGCUCUGCCGAGAACAACGGUGACGUUAUUUCACAGACGAAAGCAAAUCACUGCAAAUACCUUUACUUUUAUAGAGAGCGAUUAAAUUAAUUUAAUUAAUUAAAUAAUUUAAUUUUAAGAGAAAGGAAUAAAUCGGGUAAAAAAUAAAAUUAAAUAAAAAAUUGGAGCAUGGUGCAUUAAAAAGAUUGUUGGAUCGUCUAAAUCCUCGAGACGUUUCUGCGAUUUCGAUAACGAGCGAAAUGGAAAAUUCUCAAGAUGCACAGUUUCCAACCAAGUAAAUGAUACAGUUCGCUGAAACGAAAAGCGAGCGAACGAAGAAAGAGCAGAUUGGAGGCGAAGUGUAUCGGGAAAGUCGUCCGAUACGGAACAAAUCAUCUCGGACGAUCGAACGAAAUUAACCAAAGAGUGACUUCUCUGUGGAGAGAUCUGAGAAACACCUCGAAGACCCCGCCGCGAAAACUGCGGCGCCCGCGCAUCGAGGGCAUCGACGAUAUUCACCGUUCUCGCUCGCUCGUGCAGGGACUGCACACUCCUUGGAUCAGAUAGGAGAUCGAGGAGCGAGAUCCCUCUCCUUUAUUCUCCCACUUCUACAUUCGACGGCGAGAGUUGCCGGGUACCGGCGCGGUGCGCGCUGCGCACGAUGGCAGUGCGCUAAGUGAGCGAGUGCGGACGACGACGCGAGCGCGCCAGCACAGUGCAGGUCGGAGUCUCGACAUGGCAGCGGAUUACGACGAGUGAUCGCCGCGACGGGUGGGCCUGUGGCGGGUUGUCGGAAGGAGCGAGAGAGAAACGUGCCGACAAACUGAGAGAGAGAAAAAGAGAGAGAGGAGUCGCGAAAGGGACGCGGGCGCGAUAACGGAGAGCGGAGUGUUGCACGACGUGAUAAAGUCGCUUUCGUGACCGAGGAGGGCGGCCGUCGCGAAUCGCGUCGCGUCGCGUCGCGUCGCGUCGCCGCGAAUCGCGCCGAGCGCGCUCGAAAAUAGAACGCGGUUGCGACCGCGAGCGAACGAGCGAGCGGACGCCAAAGGGAAGAGAAGAGAGGCGGUCGACGGCCAGAAGAGCAAGUGAGAGAAAGAGAGAAGAAGAGUGACUGACGGUUUAAGGCGGUCGUAGAAUGUCGCGAGUGUCGCUCAACAAGUCGCAGUACGGCUCGCGUCGCGUCCGCAAAAUCAGCUCGACGGAGAGCGAAUACUCAGUAGAAGAACAAUCGAGAUUAACGGGGAACGAUGGUCCGGGUGGCGAUGAAGCUUCACCGGAAGAUGAGGGAGGUUCGCUCUGCGAGUAUCACGAUAUACCACCACCGCCGGACGGUGGAUAUGGUUGGGUGGUGGUAUUUGCAUCGUUUAUGUGUAACAUGAUAGUGGACGGCAUUGCCUACACGUUCGGUGUCUUUCUCGGAGAAUUCGUCAAGUACUUUGGGGAGGGAAAGGGCAAGACCGCCUGGGUUGGCUCAUUGCUGUCUGGAAUGUACCUCAGCGCUGGACCCGUUGUCAGUGCUUUAACGAAUAAAUAUGGCUGUAGAGCAGUAUGUAUGGCAGGAAGUUUCUUAGGCGCCGCCGCAUUUGUACUUUCGACAUUUUCGAGCAGUGUAAAUAUGCUUAUGGUGACUUACGGUAUUAUGGGAGGAAUUGGAUUCGGUUUGAUAUAUCUGCCCGCAGUAGUUUGUGUAGGCUAUUACUUUGAAACCAAGAGAUCCCUAGCUACCGGCAUCGCAGUGUGCGGAUCGGGAUUCGGUACAUUCGCGUUCGCGCCUCUCGCGACUAUGUUGCUGGAGGCGUACAGCUGGAAGGGAGCAAACCUAAUCCUGGCCGGUCUCAUCUUGAAUUGCGCAGUAUUCGGUGCCAUGAUGAGACCUCUGGAAUAUCCGAAGGCUUCCUCCGUCAAGCCGUUGCUACAAAGAAUGGCCGAGGAGAAGAGAUUUCAAAUGGAACGUGGUAGUAUCGGUGGCUCCUACUUUAUGGUGCAAUUACCGGACGGAUCCAUGGAAAAGAGGAUGAAAAUGCCCAUUAAUAUUGAUCCCGGUGUUCAUUCCAGCUUCAAUUUAGACCAAUUAGUGCCUGGAACUCCUUUAACACCAGUUCCGACGGUGCCAACCCUUCCCACCAUAUCCGAAGUGAAGGUGCAAGAGCAUUCAUCUAGUGGACAUACUAGCGAUAGUGGCAGCAUGGAUUUAAAGAAUAUUUCCAACAAGACCAAGAGCAGGAAGAGUAUCGAUGAAACCAAAGACACGAAGGAAGCGGAGAAGCCCGAGAACGAGUUUAAUAAGACGAUAAUCCCCAGAAACGCAUCGCAGCCGGCUUUCACGACCCACGUUCAAGGUUUGCCUAAAAACGGCUCCGUGCCGUUCUUCGACAGAAUCCGUAAGACGAGUACCAGCGAACGUUACAAGCCUAGCCUUAGUGCAAUAAAGAAUUCUAGGACAACGCUUAAUUCUAACGGAGAUAUCCGAAAGAGCUUGCAUCUGAGACUUUCCACGAGCAGCAUGUUGGGAUCGCGAAAUAAUAAUGCCGAGGUUGAUGACGGUGAGAGUAUUACUUUUACUACAAGUAAAGCUAGUAUCCCAAAGGAGAAACCAAUGAUGGUCCGUCCCUUGUCGAGAAAGGAUAUUUUCUACAGUGGUAGCGUAGUCAAUUUACCAGAGUACCAAAGCCAGAAAUCCCUCGCCAAUUACCGUCAGAGUGUUGUAUCUCUCCCCAAAUCUGUACGUGGUGAUUUGAAAGACAUCGAUAUAGAAAAAGCGCAACAGCAGCCAUUGUGUCCUUGCUUGGUAUUACCCGAAUCGUUUAAGGAAGCUUUAGCGACGAUGAUGGAUAUGUCUUUGUUGAAAGAUCCUGUUUUCCUCCUAAUUGGUAUUAGCAAUGUGUUUGGUAUGGCUGGAUUGUACGUCCCUUUUGUAUAUCUGGUGGAUGCCGCGGUCUUAGAUGGAAUUGAAAGCAACUCUGCAUCAUUCUUAUUAUCUAUUAUUGGAAUAACGAACACCAUAGGUCGUGUGGCUUGUGGAUAUGUCGCUGAUUUUCCGCAAGUCGAUUCCUUAUUGCUGAACAAUAUUUGCUUAAUUAUAUCUACAAUCGCCGUGGCCGCUACGCCAUUUUGCCAUAGUUAUGCCGCUUAUAUCAUCAUGAGCAUAUUUUUUGGGAUAGCAAUAUCUGGCUAUAUCUCAUUAACGUCAAUCAUCUUGGUGGAUCUCUUGGGAUUAGACAAAUUAACGAACGCUUUCGGCCUUUUAAUUCUAUUCAGAGGGGCUGCCGCUAUAGUUGGCUCACCCUUAGCGGGCGCUGUUUAUGAUGCGACGCAAAGUUACAGUAUCCCGUUCUUCAUGGCAGGGUUCUUCUUCCUUGUAAGCACUAUUACUAGUUUCAUGGCCCCUGCUAUGAAACGGUGUACUACACCGCAGACUCAACCUGUGAUAUUAGAUACAUUGACUCCAAUCGACGAAGAUAUUGAGGAAGAGAACGAGGAGGAUAUACCGGAGAUAGUAGAAACCGCGCCGUCACCCUUAGAGCCACCCGAGAAGGAGAUCAAGCAAAUAGAGUCUGUUUUAUAAGUACUUCUGAUCUUUUUUAAACGGAUUAUAAAAAUCGCCUUCACUCCGAGCCACACUGUGAUAGGGCUGCUACUUUUUAAAGUCUUAAAACAAAAAAGGUACUUCUUUGUUACACACUUAAUCGAUGAAGCACAAAUUAGUGGCAUACCUGAUGGAAUUUUUAUCGUACUUACAGUUUUAGACUUUUAUCAUUGUAUGUUUCGUCAUAUAUCUUUUGUGUUUUAUUUUUUUAUCGAAGCGAAUGAACGAUAUAUACGCGCGAAAAUGCCAUCAGGUACAGAUACUUAUUGUUAGUUGCCUAUAUGUAAUAGUGAAUGAUAGAUAGAACGUUAUAUUAACCUAAUCAGUAUCGAUCAAGCAGUAUAUAUAGAGAAAGAAA